AUGGCCCCUCGCACUAAGCAUGAGCCCAAAAAGCAUCACCACACCAACCCAGGUGCUAGAGAUGGUCAAUAUCUCCAUGCACACACUGGUGCCGGUGUCAAUAAACCUCGCUCCGUCAGCGGUAGAGGUAACAGCCGUAUCAGCCAUACUCGUAUCCCUGAAGAACGUGUGUUAGAGCAUCUCAAAAUCCACAACGAACACCAUCAUGGUAAGGGCGACGGCCGUAAUGGCACCGGUAAACUUCAUACCCAGCACCAUCGUGCCCAUCUCCCCAACGACACCGACCGCAGCGACUCAAACACCACUGCUUCGCGUGUUCCCAUCAAGAAACACACCUCCAACUCCACCACCAUCAACUCCCCCAACAUCAGCACCAGCACAGUCACCCGCACCCGCACCCCCAACCUCAUCCCCCUUCGCCCCCUCCUCCCUCCCCGCCGCCGCCCCAUCGACCCCGUCAAGCGCGCCUUCACAAACGCUAACCUCCGUGCUAUCAUGGCGGAUAAACCGUGGCCCAAGCAGCGCAAGAAGGCAAGUGCGGAGAAGAUGGUGUUGAAGAUGGGUAUUAAAAAGGAGUAUAAGUGA